AUCUGCGAUGCUAAAGCAGUAAAUUAAUUGUCCCAGAAGAGCACUACACAAGGAAUUUAUGUUCUCAAUUGCAUCACUCAUGCUACUGAAUUCAUGUGGUGCCACAGUCAAAUUCCAUCAAACUCCAACAUCCUAACAUUCAGAACUUGGAAUUUCUUAUCCCCACGUGUCAUCACCACAUUAGUUUUUAUCUUUUUACUUCAAAUUUCUGGACCCGUAUAUGGUGGACAUAUAUGUAGACCACCAGAUAGUCCUAAUCUACCGGAACGUAAAUACAAACUCCAGGAGCUUCAUUCAGCUUUCGAACAUGUUUCCUCAAAAUCGAAACUAAUCAAUGAAAAACGUCUUAAACAGUCACGUCUACAACCGAAAGGACUUAAUGCUCGACGUGUUUCAAAUGUAUAUUUGGGAGUACAACUUGGACCGCUCGGCAAGAUAAUUUCGCUCAGGUCCUUCCUGCAAUUGACUUGGCUCUGGAGGAUAUACAAACCAUGCCAGCUUUUGAAGGUGUCAGCUUUACCACAGUACUUAUAUUAUACAUUGAUGCUCUUGCAUGCGAUGCACUUGCCCUACUAACCCAGCUAAAUUCGAACGGUGUAAAUGUGAUUUUUGGUCCUUUAAACGACUUUACUCUGGCCAAUGCAGCAAGAUUCAGUACUGCUAUGUACAAUGUCCCUAUUGUGGCUCCAGCUGGUUUUGCACAUCAACUGAGUGAUAAACUUGAAUACGGAAUGCUCACACGUGUCUUAUUUACCUAUUCUGAUUUGGAAUGGGUUUUUGGUAAUACUUUAAAACAUUAUGGAUGGUUACCGAAUCAGCAAACACCAAUAGCAAUAUUCACAACUAGGAAUGUCAGGCGACGAGAGGGAGUAGUUGGACAUACUGGCUUGGCUGGUGUAUUUCAACAUUUAAUACUACAGAAAUUUUUAGUCAAAGCCGCAUACAAGCUUUUAUCCGUUACUUUAGAUGACGAAAUUGAUGUGACAGACCGCUUUCUGAAACGUCUUCCUGACUCCGCCAGAAUCAUCAUAUUAUGUACAGAUCCGGAAGUUGUACGGGAUAUUAUGUUGGAAGCGCAUAAAUUAAAUAUGGUCAAUGGAGAUUAUGCAUUUUUCAACAUGGAUCUUCUAAGCAGGUGUGUCCGUUUGCAUUCCUAUUAUUUUAUGCUUUUCACAAACUGAUUAGUGUGGAUGUAGUGUACUAAAAUCACUAUAUAUUGCAACAUCAUUGCCAUAGAAUUCAAUGUCGUGAUCGUUUACAGUCCGAAUUGAUAUCGAUUCGAGAAUAACUCAGAACUUGUCAAACAAAACUGAGAAGACCAUGGUACAGAGAAACGUCUAGUGCAGAAGAGAAUGAAAGAGCACGUCAAGCUUAUCGUGCUCUUAUGACUGUAACACUUCUUAAACCUGACAGUCCAGAGUAUCGAACAUUCACUGAAGAAGUAAGAGCUCGGGCUCUGCGUGAUUAUGAUUUUAGUUAUCGGGAUUCGGAGGUAACACCAUUUAUUGGAACAUUUCAUGAUGCUGUCAAGUUGUACGCUCUGGCUUUAAAUGAUGCCUUAGCUAAAGGUGGAACUAUUACCAAUGGUACAUUAGUAACACAAGAAAUGUGGAACAGAACAUUUAAAGGCGUUACUGGUGUUGUUCGUAUUGAUGCAAAUGGUGAUCGUAAUGCUGACUAUUCUUUAUUGGAUAUGAAUCCUGUGACUGGAGAUUUUGAGGUUGUUGUAAAUUAUUUCGGUAAUGAUAAAUCGUUGUCACCUGUGGCUGAUAGAACAAUUGAUUGGAUAAAUACAGAUAAUAAACCUCCACCGCAUACUCCUCCAUGUGGAUUUGAUGGUUCUGAAUGCCAAAAUAGUCAUAUUAUUCAUAUUGGAAUCAUUGGUGCAACUGUACUAUUUGUUCUCAUUGCUUUAUCAUUGGUCUUAGGAGUUAUAUUCUAUCGACGAGCUAAAUUUCAAGCAGAACUACGAGCUAUGAAUUGGAUUAUACCUUGGGAGGCAUUACAAGUAACAGAGAAACAUUUACGACGUUAUCGUCGUGAAAGUGAUAUUCGUUCACCGAAUCAAUCAUCUGAUCCGCUUAGAAAAAUAUCUUUUGAUACAUGUCCUACUACUGCCAGUAAAUCUUUACUUCUAGCUGAUUCACUAAUGAAUGAAAAUCAAAAUCAGGAGGCAGCUGUUGAAUUUUGUACAACAAUUGAUGAAGUAUGUCCAGAAAAACCACAUCGUAAAAUCUCAUUCAGUAAUCUUAUCUUAUCUGCAAUCAAUUCGACAUCAGGCAGUGGAGGUGGUGGUGGUGGUGCUGCUGCUGCUGCUGGAAAUUUACCAGCUGAAAGAAAACGAAGGAAAACAUCAACUACUGGACGGUUUUUAGCUCGUUUCGCUGCAGAUCCUAUAACUUUACCACCGACAGUAUUUGAAGAGUCUGGUUCACAGACUGGUGGUGGCGGUUGUGGUGGUACAUCACCUCAUCCAACCGGAUAUUCACAGCCACAAAUCAGUGUUAGUAAACGUCAGCAUCGUUUAUCCAGACGUAGUAGGACAAAUGAUGAAAGCCAAACAAUAGAUAUGAAUAGUCCAACUAAUGGACAAAAUAAAGGAAUGCCAGAAUGGACUUAUUUUAAGCAUCCAUCUUUUGAUUAUUCUUUUACUACAAAGAAUAAUCGUCAUCGAAAGAAACACGACAGUGUUGGAAUGGACUCUGAUUAUAAUCCGUUAAUGGAAUUCGACUUUUUCAAGAAAAAGAAGCAUUCACAGGAUUCACAGUCCAGUUUGGGUUCAUUAGACACAAUAUCGGGUAUACAAUUGGAUAAAUUAGCUAACUCACAAAUGUUUGCACGUACAGCAUUUUAUAUGAAAAGUAUUGUCGCUUUGAAACCAUUACGCAGGCAAACACGAAUUGAACCAUCUAAAGCAUUAUCAAUUGAAGUUAAAAAGGUUAAAGAUUUGAAUUGUGAUCAUAUCUGUCGAUUAAUUGGUGUCUGCUUAGAAAUACCACAUCAAUGUAUAGUUUAUGAAUAUUGCCCAAAAGGAAGUCUUCAAGAUGUCUUGGAAAAUGAACAAAUCAAAUUAGAUUGGAUGUUUAAAUUUUCACUAAUGCAAGAUAUAUGUCGAGGUGUUAUGUAUCUGCAUCAAAUAUUUGGCCCACAUGGUAACUUGAAAAGUUCCAAUUGCUUGGUAGACUCACGUUUUGUAUUGAAAAUCACUGAUUUCGGUCUACCACAUAUUCGUGGUCCGCCACCAACAGAAUCGGAAGUUGGUAGUUAUAUUUUUUAUAGAAAUUUACUAUGGACAGCUCCAGAAUUAUUACCUGAUGGAGAUACAAUCCUUUAUCCACGUGAAUCAAUAAAAGGCGAUGUUUAUAGUUUUGCAAUAGUCUGUCAAGAGAUUGUAUAUCGGAAAGGUGUAUUUUAUCGACAAAAUUUUAAGAAUUGUGAACCAGAUUAUAUUGUCAAAGAAGUCAGAGAGCAUAGAAAGCCACCAUUUCGACCAACGUUGGAUUCAUUAGAGGGUUGUUCUGAAGAUUUAGUUCAACUAAUUUGUCAAGCAUGGGAUGAUGAUCCGGGUUUAAGACCAGAUUUCCAGUCAAUUAAGAUGUCUAUGCGGAAAUUAAAUAAAUCAGGAGAUAGUAAUAAUGUCCUAGACAAUCUACUCUCUCGUAUGGAACAAUAUGCAAAUAAUUUAGAAGAAUUAGUUGAACAACGUACAGCACAAUAUUUAGAAGAGAAGAAGAAAACUGAAGAUUUAUUAUAUUCAAUGUUACCAAGAUCUGUAGCUAAACAGUUAUUCCGAAAUCAACCAGUCACUGCAGAAAGUUUCGAAAUGGUUACAAUCUAUUUCAGUGAUAUCGUAGGAUUCACAUCGCUUUCAGCUGAAUCUACACCGAUGCAGGUUGUCGAGUUAUUAAAUCGACUGUAUACACUAUUCGAUGGAAUUAUUGAGAAUUUUGACGCCUAUAAGGUGGAGACAAUCGGUGAUGCUUAUAUGGUUGCUUCAGGUUUACCCCAAAGAAAUGGUAAUAAGCAUGCACGUGAAGUAGCCCGUAUGUCUAUUGCUUUUCUAAAGGCUAUCUUUGAAUUUCAAAUUCCUCAUAGACCUGAGAAACGUUUAGAGUUAAGAAUUGGUAUACAUUCAGGUCCAGUUUGUGCUGGAGUUGUUGGACAGAAAAUGCCACGUUACUGUCUAUUUGGUGAUACUGUUAACACCUCUUCACGAAUGGAAAGCAAUGGUCUACCUUUAAAAAUCCAUAUCAGUCAGCAAACAUUUGAUGUAUUGAAGACAUUUAAAUCCUUCAUUAUGACUGAACGUGGUCUAGUUGAAAUGAAGGGUAAAGGUCGUCAAAAAACAUAUUGGUUACAUGGAGAAGAUUGUUAUAUUGUUGAUCCUAUCCCAGCUGGUGCACAAAUUAUUGGCGGAGCAUAUGAAGGUGUAACUGGUCCAAUUCCAGCCGGUGCAUUAAUGCAGAAAAGUACUGGUGGAGGUUUUACUCAAUCUCCAGAACAUUUAUCUAAUCCAAGGGCUACAUCUCCACUUCAUCCUCCUCUUGAUGAUAAACAGACUUCUGAUUCUUCACUUAGACGCAAAUCGCAUAGUUCACCGGCAUCACCAACACUUCCUCUAGAUAUGAAACUAGGCUCUGGUGAUUUAAAUAAUCCAAGUUUAUACGAUAAUGACAUUCAACAAGAGUACAAGCAGCAACAGAAACUUCCUGCCACCCCUUCUCCUCUCCAUCAUCCCAGUCAGCCUAAAUCUACUAUAGGUUCUCAUGAGAGAGUAUCUGUAUACACUACAGAUCCUUUUCAAGUGAAUAGUAAGGAUACUGUUGAUUUUGAACCAACAAAUCCUAAUAAACGGCGUGUUGGUGUGUUUCAUUUAAAUGAAAAGCCUAUCUACAAUGCUUCAGGUGGUAAUUCUCAACAAAUUGGUGAAAAAGUUUGACUGUACAAUUUCAUUUACACAUAUUAUUCAAUUUCUACCAGUUAACAUACAAAUACACAUUCAUACCAUCUGUUUUGACAGAGAAAAGAGUAAUACUUGAAAGAAGGCGAAUACUUGGACAACAUCUUAAUCCACUUAUUGUGUGUUACACAUAAGUGUGUAAAUGCUUUCAGCAAGGCAUCAAUAAGGUAGCACACACACACAUACACAUGGUCUAACUAUCGCACAUGAAGUUUCUUUCUCCCCUGUCAUAUUAGUAUGGAGUUUGGCUCAAGAAAAAGCUUUUGAUCUGAUCUCACUGAAGAAUACUGUGCCUCAAUAUGUUUCCACUCCAUCCUAUCCCACUUCAUCUUCUCUAACAUGAAUAAUAUUUACACAUACCCCGUAUACAUGUAAAUUUCAGUAUUUUUUAUAUCUCAUAAGUGUGUUUUUGUAUGUAUGUACGUAUUUGUACAUUUGUGUGUGUAUGCGUGUGGAUGUGUAAAUGUUUAGUAUUACAUAAUUUAGUCUUGUUUGCCUGUAUAAAAACUACCUAUCAGGAUAUCUUAUAUAUACAUAUUGUAUAAAAGUGUGAAUUAUCAAACCAAUAAAUGUACAAGUCAGUUUUUCAAAAAUUUUAUUUCUUUCUUUGUUUUAUAAAUGUGAUGGAUGUAGACAAAUAUUUUGACUAGAAAAUUAUUUCUUUCCAUAAAGUUUAUGAAGGAGAUUAUGUAACUUUUCCUGGUGUUGUUGUCUUUCAUUUCCAUUCUUUGUUUGUAUAUAUGUAUGUAUGUUUGCGUGUGUGCGCGUGUGUAAGUAUGUGUGUGUGUAUGUUUGAUGUUUACUCUUUACUUGCUUCUCUUUUGGCAUUCCUUUAUAAACAGUUAUGAUUGUUGUUUUGCUUUAUUGUUGCUCCCGCCAUUAUCGUUUCCGUUGAGAUUCCACUGAGAUUGUCUGUCACCGGUUCACUAAACAAUCUUCAGCUCAUUCCCAUAUCUUUUUAUUAUCAUCAGAACAAACAACCAAGCACAAUAAAACUUGACCAUGAAUAUGUUUGUAUAUAUACAUAUAUGUUUUUUUUUGUGUAUUGUUGAAACUGUUACUUCGUAUCAUGUCGGUAGACUUCAGGUGAAGUGUAAUAUAAAUCAAGUCUUUUGAUUUUUCAUUACUGCUGAUAUGUGAUAAGUAUCUUCGUGAACACUACUUAACACUUACUGAACACAUCAUACAAAAAGGACGGGGGGGGGUGUUAAGCAGUGGGCGGACGCAAUGAAGGAAUCAUUUCGGUUGAGGAUGCCCUAGAAAAAGAAGUAUUAUCCUUACUUCACUAUUCUCACAUUCGUUUUGGUUUCUUCCUCCAUCUUGUAAAACAUCACUAGUCUCCUUGUAUAUGGAGUGUGAAAUGUUUAAUGAUCAUUAUUAUUAUUACUACUAUUAUUAGAUUUAUUAUAUUUUGUAUAGUAAUAUUCUCAGUAGUCUCUGUCUCAGCAGUGCUUUACACUAAAUCCUUCAUUCCCACUAUAGAGAUAGAUGAAUUGUCGGCUGUAAAUUGCACUUGCUUAAAUGUUUGUUUUUUUAUUCAUUCUGCGUUUAUUUCUCUUUUUUCUACAGCCUUAGGUGAAGUGCUAUCGUCAUCGUCAUAAUUAUCAUCGUUUUUAAGAAAUUUUUUUAUCUUCUUCUUGUUCAAAUACCUACUCAUCAUAAAUGAAAAGAUUUUUUUAGUCACUGUGUAUAUGUGUACGUUAUCGGCUAUGUUAGUGCAAGUCUCUUCUCUUUAUGAAUGAUUUUGUCUCUUUUCAAAAGUGUUUCAUUAAUUACAACCUUUGAUUACAAAAUGCAAUUUCAAAUAAGUUCAAUUUGUUGAUAGAAGGAAUGUUACUGAUCUUUGCUUCAUUUUUCUUUUAUUCUUAUAACGUUUUGUCUCAUUGUUACCUAAUUUCCUUAAAAUUAUUUUGUACAUUUCACUUUGUCUAUUUCUACAUAUCUUUGUCCAUAUAUUUUGUUUGCUUUCUAUUGGUUCAUUCAAAUGUGUACCUAUGCGUGGGUGUGUGUGUAUGAGCAUUUGUUUGCAGGUAUGUACGCAUGCACUUGAGGUUUCCCAUUUGCAUGUGUCUGUGUGGAUAUGUACCUGAAAUAGUCACUUCGUUCAUCUUAUUCACAAUGUAUUAGAAAAAAUAAAACAAAUGUCGAUUUUUCUUUUAAAAAUAAUCUCAUCUUUUCUCUUUUACUGGAUCGAUUUUUUUUAUCAAUUGAUUUUCUUCCCUCUUCUCUUUACCCUCAUUAACAUUUUCACCCUUGAUAUAUGUACACUUUUUGUUGUUACACAGUAUGUACAAUAUGUACAUGUUUAUUUGUUUGGUUGUUUGUUGUGUACGUGUAUGUGUGUAUUUUGUGUCUUAAUGCGAGAAACCAAAUGGAACAAUGGAACACAUGUCGUGAAUAUCCUCAAAUGACGCUUAGAACAUAGAGAAUAAUAAUAAAAAUACCAGUUACAACACCAGAGGAAUUAAGGAGAGUUCGUGAAAACACAAUCUAACUGUGUUUUCAUAUGGUUCAACAGAUAUGUACAUUUACAGAAAUAUAUAUUUUAACUGAGAAUUUCAUACAUGUCAUUUUUAUCAUUACUUACUGUUAUCAUCAACAAUUGGAUUGAAUGAAGAAAAUAAUAGUCUAUAUUUCGUGUUGCU